AUGGGUCUUAACUUGGAGGAGCUCUAUGGACCAGAUCUAAGUGAAGAGCAGCCUCCGCACGAGUAUUCGGAGUACCAGGCCAAGCAAGGCUUUGGCUGGGCCAAUGCUCUGCCCGAGAAGCAGGGUCUCUAUGACCCCGAAUAUGAAAAAGAUGCCUGUGGUGUCGGUUUCGCAGCUCACAUCAAGGGCAAGCCGAGCCAUAAAAUUGUCAGCGAUGCGCGCAACCUGCUGUGCAACAUGACCCACCGUGGAGCCGUUGGCUCGGAUGCGCGAGACGGUGAUGGUGCAGGUGUAAUGACCAGUAUCCCGCACAAGUUCUUCAUCAAGAACUUCGCUCGUGAGGAGGGCGUGGACCUGCCCCCGCUCGGCCAAUAUGCCGUUGGCAACCUGUUCUUCAAGCCCGACGACGAGGCUCUCAAGCAAUCGAUUGCCAGCUUCGAGGAAUUGGCGAUCUCGCUUGGUCUACGUGUGCUAGGCUGGCGUGAGGUUCCCAGCGAUUCGACCAUUCUCGGCCCAGCUGCGCUUUCUCGAGAGCCAAUUAUUAUGCAACCGUUUGUUGUACUCAAGUCUGCAUACGGCGAGGGCAACAAGCCCGAAAUUACAGAUACUGAUAAGUUCGACGAACGCACCUUCGAGUUGCAGCUCUUUGUUCUGCGAAAGCGUGCUACUCAUGUUAUUGGGCAGGGUAAUUGGUUUUAUCUCUGCUCGCUGAGCAACCGGAACAUCGUCUAUAAGGGUCAAUUAUCUCCAGUACAGGUUUAUCAAUACUACCACGAUUUGGUCAACGUGGACUACGAGGGCCACUUCGCCUUGGUUCACUCUCGAUUCUCCACCAACACUUUCCCCUCGUGGGACCGCGCUCAACCUCUGCGAUGGGCCGCUCACAACGGUGAAAUUAACACACUGCGAGGAAAUAAGAAUUGGAUGCGCGCUCGUGAGGGUGUCCUUCGGUCUGAAGUUUUCGGCGAUGAGCUCGACCAGCUCUACCCCAUUGUCGAAGAAGGCGGUUCGGAUUCCGCCGCAUUUGAUAAUGUUCUAGAAUUAUUGAUGAUUAACGGUGUUUUGUCUCUCCCCGAGGCCGUGAUGAUUAUGAUUCCCGAGGCGUGGCAGGAUAAUCCAGCCAUGGACCCAUCCAAGUCUGCUUUCUACGAAUGGGCAGCCUGUCAAAUGGAGCCCUGGGAUGGUCCGGCUCUAUUCACUUUCUCGGAUGGCCGAUACUGCGGUGCGAACCUUGACCGUAACGGUCUGCGCCCCUGCCGUUUCUAUGUUAUGGAUGACGAUCGUAUCGUCUGCGCUUCGGAAGUUGGUGCUAUCGAUAUCGACCCCGAGCGCGUGGUUCAGAAGGGCCGUCUACAGCCUGGAAAGAUGUUAUUGGUUGACACUCAGGCUGGGCGAAUUAUUGAUGACGCCGAGCUGAAGCAAACCGUCGCGAACCGUCAGGACUUUGCCAGCUGGCUGGAUAAGGAGCUCCUGAAGUUGCCUGCUAUUAACAAGCUGCUACUAGAUAGCAACGUCGACCUCUCUUUCGCUCUCGAUGACAACACUGUGCAGAAUGACCCCCGUCUGCGGGCCUUUGGCUACUCCUUCGAGCAGGUCAGCCUGAUUCUUGGUCCCAUGGGUGCUGACUCUAAAGAGGCGCUUGGCUCCAUGGGUAACGAUGCUCCCUUGGCUUGUAUUGCCCAGCAGCCUCGUCUGCUCUACGAAUAUUUCCGCCAGCUCUUCGCACAGGUCACCAACCCACCCAUUGACCCGAUUCGUGAAGCUGUAGUUAUGUCUUUGGAGUGCUACGUCGGGCCUCAGGGUAACCUGCUGGAGAUGGAUCCCUCGCAAUGUCGCCGUCUGCUGCUGCCGUCUCCCAUUCUGAGCAUCCCGGAGUUCAACGCCCUGAAGAACAUUAACCACGCCCAUAGCGAUUGGACCGUUCGUACGAUUGACAUCACAUUCGAUAAGAAGAAGGGCACUCCUGGCUACCUGGACGCGUUGGAUGCCAUCUGUGAUGCCACUACCGAAGCCAUUGAGAACGGUGACAAGGUUAUUGUUCUCUCUGACCGUGCUACCUCUGCGGAUCGCGUCCCUGUCUCUGCUUUACUGGCUACCGGUCUUGUUCACCAUCAUCUUGUUCGCAACAAAUGGCGUUCUCUGGCUGCUCUCGUCGUUGAGACCGCCGAGGCUCGUGAAGUGCACCACCACUGUGUACUCCUGGGUUACGGUGCCGAUGCGAUCAACCCUUACCUUGCUCUGGAGUGCAUUCUGAAGAUGAACCGGGAGAACUUGAUCCGAAAGGACAUCUCCGAUGAGAAAGUAAUCGAGAACUAUAAGGCUUCUUGCGACGGUGGUAUCCUCAAGGUCAUGAGUAAGAUGGGCAUUUCUACUCUCCAAUCCUACAAAGGUGCCCAGAUUUUCGAAGCCCUCGGUAUCGACGACAGCGUCAUCGAUCGCUGCUUCGCCGGCACUGCCAGCCGUAUCCGCGGUAUCACCUUUGACCUGAUUGCCCAGGAUGCCUUUGCCUUCCACGAGCGCGGAUACCCCUCGCGUGACAUCGUCGAGAUCCCUGGUCUUCCCGAAUCCGGCGAGUACCACUGGCGUGACGGUGGUGAGGCACACAUCAACGACCCGGUCAGCAUUGCCAACAUGCAAGAUGCCGUGCGGUCCAAGAACGACAAGUCUUACGAGGCCUACGCAAAGGCAGCACACGACUCAAUCAAGAACUGCACACUGCGCGGUAUGCUCGAGUUUGACUUUGAACAGCGCACGCCUAUCCCCAUUGACCAGGUUGAGCCUUGGACCGAAAUUGUGCGCCGCUUCGUGACUGGCGCUAUGUCCUAUGGGUCUAUUUCGAUGGAGUCUCACUCUACCAUCGCCAUUGCCAUGAACCGUCUUGGCGGCAAGUCUAACACCGGUGAGGGUGGUGAGGAUCCGGAGCGCAGUAAGAGAAUGGAGAACGGUGACACCAUGCGCUCCGCCAUCAAGCAGAUCGCCUCUGGCCGUUUCGGUGUGACUUCGCACUACCUGGCCGAUGCUGAUGAGCUGCAGAUCAAGAUGGCACAGGGUGCGAAGCCUGGUGAGGGUGGUGAGCUGCCUGGUCACAAGGUUGUUGGCCCCAUCGCUCAUACUCGUCACUCCACACCUGGAGUGGGUCUAAUUUCUCCACCUCCGCAUCACGACAUCUACUCCAUUGAGGACCUGAAGCAGCUCAUUUAUGAUCUCAAGUGCUCGAACCCCCGCGCUCGUGUUUCUGUAAAGUUGGUAUCCGAGGUCGGCGUUGGUAUUGUCGCCUCGGGUGUCGCUAAGGCCAAGGCUGACCACAUUCUCAUCUCCGGUCACGACGGCGGUACUGGUGCCUCUCGCUGGACUGGUAUCAAGUAUGCCGGUCUUCCUUGGGAGCUGGGUCUCGCCGAGACUCAUCAGACUCUUGUUCUGAAUGAUCUUCGUGGUCGUGUUGUCGUUCAGACUGACGGUCAAAUCCGAACUGGACGUGAUCUGGCGAUGGCCUGUCUGCUUGGAGCUGAAGAAUAUGGUUUCGCAACCACCCCCUUGAUCGCUAUGGGUUGUAUCAUGAUGCGAAAGUGCCAUCUCAACACAUGCCCGGUUGGUAUCGCUACCCAGGAUCCUGAGCUACGCAAGAAGUUCAACGGCACACCCGAGCACGUCAUCAACUUCUUCUACUAUGUCGCCAACGAGAUGCGUGCUAUCAUGGCCAAGCUUGGUAUUCGCACCGUCAAUGAGAUGGUUGGACGUGCCGAGCUGCUCAAGGUCCGCGAUGACAUUCGCAACGCCAAGCAGGAGCGCGUUGAUCUCUCUCUGAUCCUCACUCCAGCCCACUCUCUUCGUCCGGGUGUGGCUACAUACAAUGUUCGCAAGCAAGACCACCGUCUCCACACUCGUCUCGAUAACAAACUCAUCGCUGAGUCCGAGCUUGCGUUGGAGAAGGGCCUCCCUUGCCGAAUUGAGUGUGAUGUCGUCAACACUGAUCGUGCCAUGGGUGCUACUUUGUCCUACCAGAUCAGCAAACACUAUGGCGAGGCUGGUCUACCCCAAGAUACCAUCCAUGCCAAUAUUAAGGGAUCUGCCGGUCAAUCGUUCGGUGCUUACCUUGCCCCUGGUGUGACCCUCGAGCUUGAGGGUGACGCCAAUGAUUACGUUGGUAAGGGUCUAUCUGGUGGCCGUCUGAUCGUCUACCCACCUCGCGGAGCUGCUUUCAAGGCCGAGGAGAACGUCAUUGUCGGUAACACCUGUCUUUACGGCGCUACUCGCGGUACUGUUUACUUCCGUGGUGUUGCUGCUGAACGUUUCGCCGUCCGUAACUCCGGAGCCACAGCUGUUGUCGAGGGUGUUGGUGACCACGGUUGCGAGUACAUGACUGGCGGUCGUGUACUGAUCCUCGGAUCUACCGGCCGUAACUUUGCUGCCGGUAUGUCCGGCGGUAUCGCUUACGUUCUGGACAUGAAGCAGGAUUUCCACUCCAAGGUCAACUUGGAGAUGGUUGCAGUUUCUGGCAUCGAGGAUCCUAACGAGAUUGCCUUUGUCCGUGGCCUUAUUGAAGACCACCACCACUACACUGGAUCCGAGCGCGCUGCCCGUAUUCUCCUUGAUUUCAACCGAGCCCUGCCUCGCUUUGUCAAGGUCCUGCCCGUUGACUACAAGCGUGUUAUGGAUGAAGAGGCUGCUAAGGCUGCCGCAGCGAAGAAGGCUGAGUUUUCUCUUCCCCUGCUUCCUAGCAAGCCUGCAGAGAAGCCCAAGGCCCACGCCGAUGAGAAGAAGGCUGAAAUGCUGGAUAUUGAGGACAGUAUCAGCGACUCCAAGGCUGAGAAGAAGCGUUCUGCGCUCAUCCUAGACAAGACUCGUGGUUUCAUGAAGUACAGCCGUCGCUCGGAGAAGUAUCGCAACCCGACUACUCGCACUCGCGAUUGGGCUGAGUUGUCCAACCGUCUCAGCGAGGACGAGCUCAAGUACCAGUCGGCCCGUUGUAUGGACUGCGGUGUGCCCUUCUGCCAGUCCGACACUGGUUGCCCCAUCUCGAACAUCAUUCCCAAGUGGAACGAGCUGGUCUUCCAGAACCAGUGGGAAGAUGCUCUCAACCGGCUAUUAAUGACCAAUAACUUCCCCGAGUUCACUGGCCGUGUUUGUCCCGCUCCUUGCGAGGGUGCCUGUGUUUUGGGCAUCAAUGAAGACCCCGUCGGUAUCAAGUCCAUCGAGUGUGCUAUCAUUGAUCGAGGUUUCGAGAUGGGAUGGAUGGUCCCUAAGCCUCCCAAGGUCCGCACCGGCAAGACCAUUGCCGUCAUUGGAUCCGGCCCCGCCGGUAUGGCUGCUGCCGAUCAACUCAACCGUGCCGGGCACUCUGUGACCGUCUACGAGCGUGCUGACCGUGUCGGCGGUCUUCUCAUGUACGGUAUCCCCAACAUGAAGCUCGACAAGAAGGUUGUCCAGCGCCGUGUCGACCUCAUGGCCGCAGAGGGUAUCAAGUUCGUCACCAGCACCGCCGUCGGUCCCGACAGCGACGUAACCCUCCAAUCCCUCCGCUCCUCCAACGACGCCGUGAUCAUCGCCACCGGCGCCACCGUCGCCCGCGACCUCAAGGUUACCGGCCGCGAACUCGAGGGCGUCCACUUCGCCAUGCAAUUCCUGCACAAGAAUACCAAGUCUCUUCUUGACUCCGAGCUCGCGGACGGCGAAUACAUCUCCGCCAAGGACAAGCAUGUCGUCGUCAUUGGCGGCGGUGAUACUGGCAACGAUUGUAUCGGUACAUCCGUCCGCCACGGCGCCAAAUCCGUCACUAACUUCGAGCUCCUCCCCAACCGCCCCCCCGAGCGAGCCCGUGAUAACCCCUGGCCCCAGUGGCCGCGCAUCUACCGCAUUGACUACGGCCACUCGGAAGUGAAGACGCACAUGGGCCGCGACCCGCGCGAGUACUGCGUCAUGUCAACCGAGUUCGUCGACGACGGCAGUGGCAAAGUGAAGGGUAUCAACACGGUUCGAGUCGAGUGGACCAAGAGUGCCACCGGUGGUUGGGACAUGAAGACCGUCGAAGGCAGCGAGCAAUUCUUCCCCGCGGACCUGGUCUUGCUUUCUAUGGGAUUCCUGGGUCCCGAGGACCGUCUGCUUGGCGAUGAGAUCGAGCGCGAUCCGCGCAAGAACGUCAAGACUCCGCCCGGUCACUACUCGACGAAUAUCCAUGGUGUCUUUGCGGCGGGUGAUUGUCGGCGCGGACAAUCGCUGAUUGUCUGGGGUAUUAAUGAGGGGCGCCAGGCUGCGCGUGAGGUCGAUGCUUUCCUUGGUGGGAUUAGCUCGCAGCUUCCUGUUACUGGAGGUAUUGUUCGUCGGCCGGCGAUUGAUUCUGUUCCGAGAGUUGCUGAGACUCAGGUAGUUGCUUAA